AGCAGUGACAAUUAACUCUGCGUUUUGGUUGUAAGCUGUUUAACAAUUACCAUAAGUAGAGAAAUUGUUGUAUAACUUCAGUUUAAUAAUCCUGCUGGUUUCUUGAAAUUUUCAAACUUGAAAUCGGCAGCCUUCCAUGUUCCGAUCUCUAAACAUCUUUCUCUAUCCUCUAACGCGAAGGGUUUUUUUAUUGGCAAGAAUACGACUUGACUUUGUUAACACUCGUUACCAAAAUUGAGACAAAAUUGUUACCUUGCUCGGUUGGUCACUCCAUGGUCACCUAUACAGUCAACCGAACCACGGGUGUCUUGAUCUUAGUUUUGACCUGCUUGCUUAGAGCUAAUUGACACUGAUUAACACUGAUUGAGUACUCUUGAACCGGCGUAUCAUACUCACGACAUCAAAAUGGAUCUGCGCGGACUUCAUCUUGUAGCCUCAGUGGUUAUCUUCAUAAUUCUGCAUUCAAUUACCGGAGUCCUUUCAGAUGAGGUGUUACUGUCCUGCAGUUUUGAAACAUCUUGCGGAUUGGAACACUCAUCCCAGUCGCAGUAUAGUUGGUUGCCGAAGAGUGGACCAACGACUACAAGGAACACUGGACCUCCUAACGACCACACACUACAAACAUCUAGUGGACGAUACAUCUACGCCCCAUCGAGUGUCGGUCGCAAUGACCGUGGGGGUAGAAGCAGGCUGUACACCCCGGAGUACCGACUCACGUCUGGUACCGGCCGCCUGGAGUUCUACUACCACAUGUGGGAUGGGUAUGGUGCAGAUGAGAUGGGAUCUCUCAAUGUGUAUGUAUGCGGACCUAACUCACGUGCUGUGUGGACUGCGAGUGGUAAUCAGGGAAAUCAGUGGAGGUGGACUGGACAGGUGGAGUUCACAUGCCAAACUACAUUCAGGGUUUAUAUAGAAGCAAUACGUGGUAGAUACCAGAGUGAUAUUGCCAUUGAUGACGUCAUCAUAACGGACAUCUUUGCUCCAACAACUUUGUUCCCAACCACACAAAUGGUUGCAACAACGACAUCACGGAAGACCACGAUGGUAAAAAUACCAACCACAGCGGAAAAACUACCAUCAACAACGGGAAUGGCACCACCACCAGCAGAGACACCGGUACAAAUUACGGUGCAACCUACGGAAACAGUCGCUGACCCCGCAACACCAGGGCAACAACCAACAGGUGGAGUUGUGAACCCGACGGCUGUUUUAGUGACAAAAAAUACACCAGUACGAAGCCGUCCAGCUGGCUCAACAGAAGCAGAUCCAACGUCAGGUGGUGUUAUGGAGAAUGACACGCUGAAAGAAAAAAGCAUGGGAGUGUCAAACCCGGCUUUCCUUGGACCGGUUGUUGUUCUGUCUGUAUGUUUAAUCUUCAUUGGACUUACGUUGUGUCUUGCAGGCUCCCGAAAAAGUUGCAGACCAAGCAAAUCAUCUUCUAGAAAAGACACUAGUGCCGCAAAAGGAAACCGCCAAUUUGGUACUGCAGCGACUGGCAUAGACAUGGAUACACUGAUAGAUGGUGCUGGUGGUCCGAAGAAGAUAGAUGGCUAUUCUUAUCAAGAGUUACUGCAACAGUCGUACAGUAGCAACGAGGGGGCGAAUGGGUCCGGGGCGAAUGGGAACACAUACCAAGACAUCAGUGAGAAUAUUCUAUACGAUGCCAUCCCUGAGACCAAAGAUGGUGCUAAUGAAUAUUCUUACGUUAAAAGUCCACCCAGAAAGGCCGGAAAGGUGGGUGUUGCGCCCUCUGCUGGCAGCAGUGGUUGCUCGGGUGGCAAUGCUGAUCAAGAUUAUGAAGCUGUUGGUGUGACAAAUGGAAAGAGCGACGGGUUGGUGGAUAAUCAGUUCUACAUACCAUACAAAGAGUAAAAGUGUACAUUCACUUUGCAAAAAUAUGGCUGUAAAUAAUAUGAAAACAAUGAUAUGCCAAUGAAGAAUAUCGGUUUAAUACAUCUUAAAUUUGAAUAUCGGUGUGUAAAUAUACAAGUUUUGAACUAACCGUAAGAGCCACAGCAUGCAUCAUGCCCCGGCCCCAAUUUCAUAGAGCUGCUGAAGCAUAAAAAGUAGCUAAGCACAACACAUUUCGCUUACCAGAAUAAGUUUACAAGCCAAACAUCCAUGUCACAUGACAGCCCUGCUCAUUUCUGUUUAGCAGACAAUGUGUACGCAAUGUUUUAUGUUUGUGCCCUGAUGAUUCAAGCUCAUUCGGAACCGUAUGAAUAAAGGUUGGAUAGUGACACACGCAAUUUAGGUAUAGUUACUUUGGGUGCGUUCGUUUAGCUCCCCUGAGUCGACCCCGGUCUGCCCCCGGUGCGUUCGGAUAGCUUUGACGUCA